AUGGCCGCAGCAUACACUCACAAGCCAGAACUCCUCAAGCGCUACCUUGAUCUCGAUCAGGGAGGCAAGAUCCAGGCAGAAUACGUCUGGAUUGAUGGCGAUGGUGGUCUUCGCUGCAAGACGACGACCGUGACGAAAAACGUCAAGGAUAUUGGAGACCUCCGCGUUUGGGACUUUGACGGUUCGUCGACCAACCAAGCCCCAGGUCACGAUUCGGACGUCUACCUUCGUCCCGCCGCCAUCUUCAAGGAUCCCUUCCGUGGUGGUGACAACAUUCUCGUCCUCGCAGAGUGCUACAACAACGACGGUACCCCCAACAGGACCAACUACCGUCACCAUGCCGCAAAGGUCAUGGAGCAGGCAAAGGACCAGGUCCCUUGGUUCGGUCUCGAGCAAGAGUACACUCUCUUCGACGCCGAUGACAGACCAUUCGGAUGGCCAAAGGGCGGUUUCCCGGGUCCCCAAGGCCCCUACUACUGCGGUGUCGGAACCGGCAAGGUGUUUGCCCGCGACCUCAUCGAGGCCCACUACCGCGCUUGCCUCUACGCCGGUGUCAAUAUCUCUGGCAUCAACGCCGAGGUCAUGCCUUCUCAGUGGGAGUUCCAGGUCGGCCCAUGCGAAGGCAUCUCCAUGGGUGACCACCUCUGGAUGGCUCGCUUCCUCCUCGUCCGCGUCGCCGAAGAGUGGGGCGUCAAGGUCUCCUUCCACCCCAAGCCACUCACUCAGGGUGACUGGAACGGUGCUGGUUGCCACUCCAACUACUCCACCAAGGCCAUGCGUGAGCCAGGAGGAAUGAAGGCCAUUGAAGAGGCCAUUGAGAAGCUUUCCAAGAAGCAUCUCGAGCACAUUGCCGUCUACGGUGAAGACAACGAGCUCCGUCUCACUGGCAAGCACGAGACUGGCCACAUUGGCACCUUCAGCUCUGGUGUCGCCAACCGUGGUGCCUCCAUCCGUAUCCCUCGCCAUGUUGCCGCUCAGGGCUACGGCUACCUCGAGGAUCGUCGCCCAGCUUCCAACGUCGACCCAUACCGUGUCACCGCCGCCCUCGUCGAGACGACUUGCCUCUAA